AUGGUCAGUAGAAGUUCUAUUGCUAACGCCGUCCCCGUGGCUCAGACGACAGCUGAGAAUAGGAAAAUAAGUAGCAGACGAAACAGUUCGAAGUUUAUUCCUCCACCUCCAGCCAAGAAGAGGAAGCGGCGCGACGACAUGCCGCGCAUUUGGCUCCGUUUGGAGCUCUUUGAGCUUGGCCUUUUGCCGUUACCGUCCAAGUAUACAGCCACAUUAACAAUAAAUAAUGUCAAGAAAGUGCUAGACGCUUUGCACAACAAGUUUUGGACUGCCACGGGACAAGAUGCAAAAACAACAGCUGAAGUUGAUACUGCCAUGCUUGAUACGGAAGGAUCUUUCACAGAGAGCGACAACUUGAAUUCCAUUACAUAUUUGGUUUGGAAAGAUGCAGUGGACAUUAUUUACAAAUGGAGAGAGGAGGAUUAUAAAGUCUUUUGGUUGCUGCUGGUACAAUUUCAUCGAAUGAUUCCAGUGAAGAAGGAAGAGAUGGACCCAACGGUACCGUUAGAUGUCGAGCAGUGUCUAGAACGAGAGGAGGUACCUGUAUAUAAGAUGGCUAUUUUUCUCUUCAUUCAGACGGUAAAACCGCAUUCAUGGAGGACAAAAUACUCGCUUGAUAUGUACAAUGCCGUCUGGUACCGGGAACAUGCAGAAAGUUUGGCUACGGCAGCUGCUCUGGAAACUACAGGUGCAGUAGCUGCAGCAAUAGCUCCAAAGUCACCGCUAUUGGGUGCUCUAGGGUCCCCGCUAAUGAGAGGCAGUGCUAGUCCACCGCCGCCACAGUCUCCGCACACAGUGGGCAUGGCGGACCGCUCGACAGCAGAUGCAUAUUACCUGGCAUUUGUGCGCGAGAAACUAGAAGACUUGUUUGGACUGCUUUACCCGUCGGUGGAGCUGAAGGAUGAAUCAUUGACAGUUAUCAGCGCAGAUCAACUCGACCUAUUGGGUUUUUUGUUGUGUCUAGGUGAUGUGAGUCUUGUGGACAAGAAUGUCAAGUUGAGCUCGUGCUAUCCAACUUGGGAACAGCCCGAUAGUAGCAGUACUAUGACUGAAGGCGACACUGCUCAGGAAUAUGUGCCACUUGUGGACAAUGGAGCCAAGGUUUGUCGGUUCUACAAGACACAUUUAUCGCUGAAUGAGAAAAUGUACCCACCAGUAGGUUUUUCCGUGGCCCCUCCCACGACAACCCAGAACAGCCUCUCAGCGUCCUUACCCGCUUUCUCGCUUAACGAUGAAUUUUCGUUGGAUAGUAGCUCAGACGUGCCCGUUUCAGAGGAGACAACAUGUCGUCCGACCAUUUUAUCCCAAGUUAUCAAGACGACCGUGAUUAAGCGCGCAGACGAGUUCGUGGUGUCCGAGGACAACGAUCAACGUCCGGAUCUUGUCAUUUUUUCAUGUCAAGACUCGUACAUCUACAUCCUGGGGCCUGUUCGGAAUGUGACGAUUUCAGCUUGCAAGAAUUGUCGUAUCGUCACGGCGCCAAACACGGGGAUUUUGUCAAUGGAGCGAUGUGAAAAUGUACAGCUCACUUCUCUCUCUGGCCUCAUCCGCGUCAGCAACUGUCUCGACACACGACUCAAUGUGUACACACUGUCUCCUGUGAUUGUCAGUGGUGAAAAUGUCGGCGUAAUCGUGGGACCGUAUAACACCAAGUAUUCCGGUCUGAAACAACAGUUGCUCAAGGUACCAUUCCUGUAUAAUGCUGAGUCAAUGGGGUGCUGGAACAGUUUUUUAGACUUGGACGGCGAGAAAGAUAGCAUCAUGACUGACACUGACAAGCCUCCAGUUUCAAUUCAAGUACCCGAGACAUUUCGCGACGUGUGUGUUCCGGUGAACCCGGUAGCAGGCGUAGGUCCUGCUGAACGGCCAUUCCCGAUUCCUCCCGAAUACGUUGCUGUUGUAAAGAAACAGUAUGAAACGGUAGAGUCGCUGCGGAAGUUAGUCACUAGUGACGAAUUUGACUUGACAAAGAAGCGCACGAUGGAAGUGGUGAUUCAGGUUAAAUUUAAGGAAUGGCUGUCGUCUACCAGUAAUGUGCGGCAAAUUCUCGACCUGGUUCACCUCGACCGCAUGAAUGAGCCCGCGAAUAAAGAGUGGUAG